AUGCCUUCCAGAUCUGAAAUUACCUACUUUGGUGCCGGGCCAGCGGCUUUACCCACUGACGUGCUUGAGACUGCCGCGCAGGCAUUGCUUGACUACAAUGGCACUGGCCUCGGAAUUUCUGAGCAUUCGCAUCGUUCUGAGUUAGCGGCCAACAUCCUCAACGAAGCCAAGGCGGAUCUUGCCUCCUAUCUCGACAUUCCUGAGGACUACGAGGUUCUCUUCAUGCAGGGUGGCGGUACCGGAGAGUUCUCCGCAACCAUGUACAACCUUGUUGGUGCGUGGGUGACCAAGAAGAAGGCCCAGAUCGUCGCCUCCCUCAACAAGCCCGAGGAUGACCCUCUUGUGGAGCAGGAGCUCCGAAAUGCCGUUGACAAGGAGCUCAAGGUUGAUUACAUCGUCACUGGCGGCUGGUCGCAGAAGGCUUCCGAGGAGGCCAAGCGACUUCUUGGUCCUGAGCAUGUCAACAUUGUUGCCGACGCCCGCAAGGUCAACGAUGGCAAGUAUGGCAAGAUCCCUGAUGAGAGCACCUGGAGCAUCUCCAAGGAUGCUGCUCUGGUCUACUACUGCGACAACGAGACUGUCGAUGGCGUUGAGUUCCCCGCCUUCCCCAAGUCUCUGACUCCUGGACCUGAUGGAAAUGGCCCUAUCGUGGUGGCCGACAUGUCGUCCAAUAUCCUCUCUCGACGAAUUCCUGUCAAGAACUACUCCGUCAUCUUCUUCGGAGCUCAGAAGAACCUCGGCUGCACUGGUGUCACUGUUGUGAUUAUCAAGAAGAGCCUCCUCCCUCCCCAGACUUCUCAGCCUCCUGCUCCUCUCCUCAGGAAACUUGGUCUUCCUAUUCCUCCCAUCAUCUUCCAGUACGAGACCAUUGCCAAGAACAACAGUCUCUACAACACCCUCAGCAUCUUUGAUGUCUACAUUGCUGGUCAGGUUCUUAAGAAGCUGCUCCGCACUUAUUCCAACAAGGUUGACGGCCAGGAGGCCGUGGCCGUCAAGAAGGCCGACCUCAUCUAUGCUGCUCUCGAGGCCCACCCCGACGUGUACAGAAUUGUCCCGGACAAGUCUGUCCGCUCAAGGAUGAACAUCUGCUUCCGCGUCACCAAGAACGGCGACACUGAUGCGACUGAGAAGACUUUCCUGAAGGAGGCCACCAGCCUGGGCCUGACUGGUCUCAAGGGUCACCGCAGCGUCGGCGGUAUUCGUGCCAGCAACUACAACUCGAUUCCCCUGGAGGGUGCUGAGAAGCUUGCCAAGUUUAUCGAGACUUUUGCUUCUUCUUGA